AUGGCCACGCAGCGAAUUCUCAGUCUCAUGGCCAUAGCUCCUCGCAACAGCAAAGACCUCGUGCAGCUGCAGCGAAUGAGCGCGCAGCUUGAAGAGGCGCGUUCCACGCUUGCCAAGCUGCAGCAGUAUGAGGUUCUAUACAAGGAGUCACGGAUGAGGUCUAAACAAAUGCAAGCAGAGGUGGCCACGUUGCAGCAACUGCUGGCAGACAAGGAUGCCGAGCUGGCGCGGCAGUACAAGCGCAUGGAGAUGGAGGCCAGCGAGCGCAGUGGCCUCCGCUCGCAGUUCAACAGCGCAGUUGAGGAGGUGAAGGCGCUGAAGCACGAGCUAGAGGAGGCGAGGCAGGCCAUGCUGGAGCUGCGGGGCGUCAUACCUGUUAACGUGACCCUGAGGCGCGGGCGUUCUUCGGCGCUGCUUGAGGACGGCAGUAACAACGGUGGCGUCUCCUCACCGGACGUGCUGUCGAGCCUGCAGGGCCUAGCGAAGCAGCUCGCAGAGGGCAUGGAGCAGGAGAGCACCAAUGGCAUCGACGACUUGCUGAUGCAGCAACGGGCAAUGCGAGAGGCCGGGGGGGGUGGAGGCCCAACAGCAGUGGCGGCGGCGGCGGCGGCGGCGACGGGGAGUUUGAAGGCCGCAGGACCGGGGCUCGGAGCGGGAGCGGGGGCUGCGACACCAGGGGCUCCUGCCGUAACGCGGACCAACCAACACCCGGGGCCGGGGGACACCUUCGACCCCUUCGCCGAGCGCACCCCGCCCACCACCGCAAACAGCAGCACACCAUACUCCACCAUCCCCGCCGCAGCCGCCGUCACCACAUCUUCGGCGCCACCACCGCCGCCGGGUCGUAGCGCCUCCAGCAUUGCUGACGGCGGUGGCGGCGGUGGCGGUGGCGGCGGCGGCGGUCCCGACGACGCCAGCUUUCUCGCCGGCAGCGGCGGCGGCGAUGGCUAUUCUAUGAACCAUCGGGAGCUGUUGCUUUAUGCCGUACCGCUGUUCCGGGACAAGUUGGUGUUUCUUCCCGUUGUCAACUGGAAGGACGAGGAAGACACAACCACCGUGCUGGGUAAGGUGUCUGCGGGGGUUUCCAAUGUGCAACAGAACCUGAGCAACAUGUGGCACAGCCUCAAGGACAAGGGAGAUUUCUCGGCAAAGAUAUACAAGGCGGGUCAGGCCAUUUUGGAGAACAUGAACGCGGAAGAGCGGCUCAUGAAGAACAUCCCCAAGAAGGCAAACAAGCUGGUGGUCCACCACCCCGCCACCAUACCCCCGGACGAGGUCCAGGACCAACUAACUCAACUAACUGCACACUUCUGUUACAAGUCGGUUGGCAAGGCGGCAGUUGCGGGAGUGAUGUUGCCCGUGGCGGUUGGGCUGGAGGUGAUCGCAGUCCCCGGCCUCGGGUGGUACACCGCCUACCAGCUGUUCAAGUCGACCAGUGCGGCCGCGGGCGGCUCCCGACUGAACAACUACCUCAAAUCGGACAAGUCGGAGGUCCGGGUGUGUUAUGCGCCUUCGACAAAAAUGGACUUGUACAUCCUGAAGUCGCGGCUAUCACCGGACGGCGUCCUGGGCUCCGAGGAUAUCGAGGACCUGUGUCAUGACGUCAUGGAGCCCUCCCUGCUGCACCCCCUCACGGAGCUCCGAAACCGACAUCUGAGGAAGACGCAGACCACGAAGGCCGAUUACGCGCUGCUGCCCAUGAGCGCACCCGACGUGGACGAGCAGUACGGCAGUGGACCGAAGAAGAAGGACUGA